AUGUCGACGCUCUGCGCCGUCCACGGCCACGAGCUCCUCGUCGACGGCCUCUUCAACGGCGACCCCCACGCGGGCAACUUCCUGCUGCUGGAAAACGGCGCGAUCGGCUGCAUCGACUACGGCCAGGUGAAGCGCCUCAGUGACGCGGAGCGCCACUGGCUCUGCCGCUGCUACGUCGCCCUCGCGACGGAGGACGUCGCGAAGCUCCGGAGCCUCGCGGCGGAGAUUGGGAUGCGGUCGCGCUACAACACGGACCUCUGCCGCGUGAAGAUGCUCACGUUCAGCCUCGACCGCGACGGCAAGGACGUCACGGACGGGCUCAACUUCCAGCAGUUCAUGGACAAGAUGUACGCUUUGGACCCCUGGGACGAGGUCGUGCCCAUGAUCGUCAUGCCGAGCCGGCUCUGCGUCUUCAUCCGCGGCAUCGGCCUCAUGAUGAACCACCCGAUCUCCUGCACGAAGGAGUUCCUCCCCAUCGCGAAGAAGGUCCUCGAGGACGAGGGCGUCGACUACUAA